CUUCUUGUUCAUUCGUUAGGAGACUCGCGUUGAAACUCGAUUUUCUGGAGUCCUGAGUAUUAGUCAGUGUUCAUACCUUUUUAACUGUGUGAUAUGAGCUGGCAGAUACACACCCGUCGCCAAGGUCCCAGCCUGGAGUCGUCUGGCCCGAAUGUGGCCCCACACCUAAGCGGAGCAACCAAAAGAGUGGCCACAUCAUAAGCGGAGGCUGCCGGCGUCGCUAUGGCCUGCUGCUCAGACUGCUGCCUGAGCCACGAAGAAGCCGAAAGGCGCAUGGUGAGCAAAGAAAUCGAGAGAAGGUUGAGACUGGAUAAGAAAGAGAAUGAGAGGUCCAUCAAGCUCCUCUUUUUAGGGACAGCGGAGAGCGGCAAGAGCACUUUCCUCAAGCAAAUCCGCAUCCUCCACGGCAACGGCUACACCGAAGCCCAGCGGAUGACCUUCAUUCGCAUGGUGUGCCAGAACAUCAUCACGUCCAUCCAGGCACUCAUCGAGGCCAUGAGAGUCCUCGGCGUACACUACGAAGACGACAGCAAUAUUGCCCUAGGGGAACGCCUGAGCCAAGUGGAAACCGGGAGGGUGGACAGGCUGGAGGAAUGGCAAGUGAAGGCCGUCAAGCUGCUGUGGAGCGAUCGCGGCCUUCAGCGCUGUUACGACAGACGACGCGAAUUCUACUUGUCCGAUUCGGCCAAUUAUUACUUCAAAGACAUAGACCGAAUCACUGCCCCAGGUUACGUCCCUAAUUCACAAGACAUCUUGAGGGUCCGCGUUCCCACCACGGGCAUCAUUGAGUACCCUUUUAAAAUAAAGGAUGUCAUUUUCAAGAUGGUGGACGUGGGCGGUCAGCGUGCUGAAAGGAGGAAGUGGAUCCACUGCAUGGACAACGUCGUCUCCAUCAUCUUCCUGGCCGCCCUCAACGAGUACGACAAUGUCAUGCUCGAUAACCCCGAGCACAACCGGUUGGAAGAGAGCCUGGCUUUGUUCGAGACCAUCGUCAAGUACCCGUGGUUCAGCGAGACCUCCUUCAUUCUUUUUCUGAACAAAAAAGACCUUCUGGAGGAGAAAAUCCAAUGUUCGGACGUGGCCACCUACUUUCCUCAAUACAAGGGACCUCGAAAGGACGCCAAACGCGCCCAAGAAUUCUUCCUGGAGCUUUACAAGAUUCCCCACAAGAGCCACAAGAAGCCUCUGUUCAUGCAUUACACCUGCGCCACUGACACAGGCAACGCCAAAGUGGUCUUCAACAGCGUCAAGAACACUAUCUUCAGAGAUAUCCUUCCUUCUUAGUCAUGUUUUAGCGUGAAGGGUCUUUAUGAGAUGUUGGAGCUUGAACCGGCCCGUGAAUAACAAGGUACUGCACAUAUUCUUUCCUUUGGUUCAGUUUUUUGCCUCAGGUCAAUGCAAGACUGUCAAAACUGGUUUGGCAAAAGUUGAAAUGCGGCUGACCUGCUCUGCGAGGAUAAAGUACAUCUUGUGGGUUUCGCUAUUUAACAGAGGCAUGUUACACAGAUGUCAGAUACAAUGUACAAUGUAUUACAAGUAGAACAGGUGGCCUUUUUUUGUCCACUCAACUACUUCUGCAUAAUUCAAUGUAAGAGUUGUCUAAAAUAAUAUAGAUUAUUCCCAAUUAUU